UUAUAAUGUUGGUAACAGAGGUGAAAUGAGACGAAGUUUGGAUGAAAACAUCCUUUCAUAUUGUCAAUUCUAGACACGUCUUUACAAGAUGGGACGUGUAAUUCGUGCGCAACGUAAAGGUGCGGGAUCCGUCUUCAAAGCUCAUACCAAGAAAAGGAAAGGAGCACCAAAGUUGCGUCCAUUAGACUUCGCUGAACGUCAUGGAUACAUCAAGGGUGUAGUUAAGGAUAUCGUCCAUGACCCAGGCCGUGGUGCUCCUUUGGCUGUUGUACAUUUCAGAAAUGCCUACAAAUACCAAACCAAGAAGGAAUUGUUCAUUGCCCCAGAGGGCAUGUACACCGGACAAUUCUUGUAUUGUGGAAGGAAGGCUAACUUGCAAAUUGGUAAUGUAAUGCCAGUUGGCUCUAUGCCUGAAGGUACUAUUGUCUGCAAUUUGGAAGAAAAGACUGGUGAUCGCGGCCGAUUGGCGCGUGCUUCCGGUAACUACGCUACUGUAAUUGCCCAUAAUCCAGACACCAGAAAGACCAGAGUUAAGUUGCCAUCCGGCGCUAAGAAAGUUAUUCCAUCCAACAACAGGGCUAUGGUUGGUAUUGUUGCUGGUGGUGGUCGUAUCGACAAACCAAUCUUGAAGGCUGGACGUGCCUACCACAAAUAUAAGGCUAAGCGUAACUGCUGGCCAAAGGUACGUGGUGUUGCCAUGAACCCAGUUGAGCAUCCUCAUGGUGGUGGUAACCAUCAACAUAUUGGUAAAGCUUCCACCGUUAAGAGAGGAACUUCUGCUGGUCGCAAAGUUGGUCUCAUCGCUGCCCGUAGAACUGGUCGUAUUCGUGGUGGCAAGGUUAACAACAACAAGGAUGAUUAGAUGUAUAAUAAGUUAUAAAACAGUCACAUUUCUAUUUUGUAUGAAUCCAAUAUGUGUUUUAUAUACAAUACAACCAUUUU